AUGCAUCUUAUUUCUCUUCUCUCCUACACCACCAUUCUUGGUGGUGUUGUGGCCGCUCCAGCAGGUAGCCAAGGUCUUACCGCGACCACUCCUGUAAAGCGAGCCGACUCGAUUCAUAUCGUGUAUUGCACCCCACUGCCGGGUGAAGGGUCAAACUCAAUCCCAUCCUUUUCGGCAGCUGUGUAUUGUCCGAAUGAUAACGCCUGUCAGCUGCCUACUAGCAAUAACGUAUGCAAAAUUGACCCUUCGCAAUUAGGCGUGGGCGGUCCAUUUAGUUGCAAAUUCCCAAGCGGGGUUACCUUUACAUGGGAACUCAGCUACGAGGCUUAUUCGGCACCGCUAUGGUCGCAAGUCGCAGGCGGAUCUAACGGCUUUCAAUCAUUCACUGGAUAUAAGGACGACGGGCAUGCAUUUUGCAGCAUCGGCUCCUAUAGCUGCGCGACGGAUUUCUAUUUUAACUGA